AUGACGGUGCUAAUUUACGCACUGUUGUGUACGGGGCGGCGGCGGCGGCGGCGGCGCGGACACGAUGACAUGCCUCAGGUGUCCAACCUGUCGGUCCUGGUGUCCCUGAAGCUGCGCAAGAAUCGGCUGUCCGCGGUGCCCCCCGAGCUGUUCUCCCUAGAGUCUCUGUCGCUCCUCGACCUCACCGGCAACGCCAUCCGCGAGCUGCCCGAAGAGGGCCUUUGCGCGGCCGUAGCCCUCAAGGGUCUGCUACUUUCGGGAAACCGCCUUUCUCGUCUCCCUUCCUCCGUGGGAAGUCUCCAUGGGUUGGAAACCCUGGAGCUUAGCGACAACACCAUCCGCUCUCUCCCCGAGUCGAUCGACGGGCUCAAGCGCCUGGUGACGCUUACCGUGAGCAACAACGGUCUGGCGAGCCUGCCCGAGUCUGUGGGAGGGCUUCGUUCCGUGAAGCUGCUAGACUUGAGCCGGAACGGAUAUCGGCGAACAUACGCGACGGAGGUUUUCCUGGGUUUCAACUUGCUCGCCUCCCUCGAUGGUGCUGUCCUCCUCAGCGUGUCAGCGGGACUCACCGAGCUUCACGUUCAGAGCAACCGCAUUAGCCACCUGCCGGAAGAGAUAGGGUCCCUGGCUCGCCUCAAGACCUUGGACGUGUCCAACAACGAUCUCGGCGAGUUGCCGGCUGCCCUGGGUUACCUGCCGCACCUACACCGGCUUGCUGUUGAUGGCAAUCCGCUUCGAACGAUUCGCCGCUCGCUCUUGUCGGGAGGGGCUUCAUCGCUCAAGAAAUAUCUCAGGACUCGCGGUCCGUGCCCCGGCUACCCUGGACUGGAAGCAGCAGACGAGGACGAUGAUACUGCUGCGUCUUCGGGCCGGGGGGGUCUGUCGGAGGAUGCCGUUCAGGGAGUAGUGCGGAGCGCGCUAGAGACGGGCACGCUAGACGUGGAGGGAAGAGGGGUGACUUCGCUUCCUCCGGGGCUGUUCCAGGAUGACCGCGCGCUGUUGGCGGUGACCAGGGCCAAGCUUUCCGGCAACAAGCUGCAGACCCUCCCCGGCGAAAUCUCCCGAUUCGAAAACCUCACGACCAUCGAAGCGGACAACAACGGCCUCUCCGCCUUGCCCGACGCGCUGGCCCGCAUGGCCAUCUACCGCCUCUCCCUCCGCCGGAAUUCCCUCUCGUCGUCCGCGGCCGUGGAGGCGUUCUUGGCGCCGCCGGCGAUAGCGCCGCCCGGGAGCUUGCCGCUGUCGAUAUCCAUCAGGGAGUUGGACCUGUCGUCCAACGAUCUGGGGGAGGUGCCCCCCGCUAUCUUCGCCUGCCGUGGCCUACAGACGCUAGUCCUGGCCUACAACCCCUUGUCGGACGUGUCUGGCCUGCCCUGGGCGGCCCUAGGGAGUCUCGAGAACCUUGACCUGUCAAACAACCGCCUUCGCUCUCUGGGAGACGUUGUCCUCAUGACCUGGUUGCGCCGCCUUAACCUCGAGAACAACGACAUCUCUCCGGUGCCGCUGGAACUCGGCCUGUGUACGGGUCUGGAAUCCCUUCUACUCGCCGGGAACCCUCAGCGGCAGAUAAGCCCGUCCCUCCUCCAGCGCGGGACCGUCGCCACGCUUGCCUACCUCCGAGACCGCCUGCCCCCCGACUACCGGCCCCGCACGCCGAUGACGCCUCCACCUGCUCCAAAACCUUUCAAUGAUGCCCCCGCCGCCGCCGCUGCCGAAGGGACGGGUAGUAGUGCUCAUGGUUCUGUAGGCGGCGGGGCGGGGGGCGGGGGAGAGGCGGCGAAGAGGAUUGCUUUGUUGACGGCCGAGGUUGAGGCGCUCAGGGAGGAGACGGAGGCACCGGGCCUCAGUCAGGCCAAGGCCUACGCGUUGAAGAAGAAGCUGCAGAUGAAGAGGGCCGCGUUGAUUCGCGAGGAGAGGGUGCUUAAGCAGGCUCAGCAGGGCCGGGGGAGAUGAGGAUUCGGCGGGAGAGCAAGAAUCGUGUUUGUGUGUGUACUCGUUGUCGUGCAUGCCGUAGUCGUUAGACCAUUGACCUCGCAUCCCUACAAAGCCGNGGGGGGGGGGGGGGGGGGGGGGGGGGGGGGGGGGGGGGGGGGGGGGGGGGGGGGGGGGGGGCGGCGAAGCGAGAGGGCUACCGGGGAGAGAUGAAGAUAUGAAACCGUCGGUUGCGUAGGAAAGCACACCCCCUGGAGCAAUUGUUAGGCUCGAUUGCUCGACGGCAGGAAGAGUGGCGGCUCCGGAAAUGGUAGCAGCAGUCUCGUCUGGAGCCCGAAAACACGUGGUUUGAUUUUUGCAUCCUCGUCACCGCGGAGUUGUCGAGCUUUGAAUUUCGAUCCGGGGGACGUGGUAUCUUACGUCACCUGCGUACGGUAGUCGGCUUGAAUAGAAUUGCGGGGGGGGGGGGUCUNNNNGGGGGGGGGGGGGGGGUCUUGGAGCAGCAUGUAGCGGAGGUUACAUCUCGAACGGGUAGUCUUUCUGUGAGGUUAUGUUUACUUUCUAAAAAACAAGGAGAGCAUCGGAAUGUGGAGAGGGCGAGUGGGUGGGUAGGGGGAGGGGUGGUUCCUACACUUGGGUAAACCUGUUGCUCGGUGAUGGUGGGAGGGCAGUAUUGCAACCCAGCGUGAUUGAUUAACGUCCAAGAACAGUUUGAGGACAAGAGUUUCGUUGGCUUGUAGUCCUUUCUUCGAUAGGGAGUCAGCAGCGUCUAGCAUCUUGUUCAGUGCAUGUCGUGGUUUUUCAGCGACGGGAAGGUCGAAAACCUACAUUCCUUGAACAAGAGGUGCUACCACACUGCCGAAACUUUUGUCCUCCACAUUUGUUGGACGACCUUUCGGAUGAGUUUGCCAUGACGAAGCACGCGCUGGGACACGAGGAAACGUUGGCACUGGACGAUGUUCUGAAGGAGGUCACGAUCGAGUAGAAAAUGAUCCGGGAGAAGCUGGACAAGGGGAAUGGCUAAGGUGGGCCUCUUUGAUGAUCGAUCCUGCUGUUUAAUCACAAGGUGGCCUCGCACGGCUAGUGCAGAUGCUUUCCGCCAAGGGUAGUCGAGCGUUGCACCCCGAAUGGCGUACAGCUCAGAGAUCGACUUGGUGCUACGUUGGAGGCAAAUAUAGAGUUGAUUUCAAGGACUACCUGGUACAGAUAAGUAACGGCGAGGGAAAAAUAAGGCACAGUAAAAAAAGAGCGAAAUAUCGAAUAAAGAUAACAGUCGUGGCUCCGAUCUAUGAGGGUACCGUAUAAGUGGGGGUUCCGAUAUGAGAGGGUCGAAUUCGGUUGUCACGGACUCGACCCGCUAGAGUAUUAUGUGGCACUGUACCCUCUUUUUCCGGUAUAAGAGGGGGCUCCGAUACAGAAGUAAGAUAUAAGCGGGCCGAGGGCCUUGGUCUCACCACCGUCCCUCUUAUGUCGGAGCCACGUCUGCAUGUAGUAUUUUUCUUUUUGGUGCAGUGUGGCCGCACUCGUGACGUUUUCCAAGAUCGAGCAGCCCGCACAGCUGACGGGUGCAGACUCGAAGGGCCCAGCAAACCCGGUUCGCUGGGCUCGUCGAGUCUGCACUCGCCCGCUGUGCGGGCUUUUCUAUCUUGGAAAACGUCAAGGGUAUAAUAGCACUCAGCUUUUCCGAGCUUUCAAGUGUCAAAGCCGUUGGGUGGCAGCCAGUUGUUCGUAAAGUAGCCGGCGAUUGGUGUUGAGAUGCUACGUCAGCUGCCCCCUCCCCGAUAAGAAGAGCGGUCAUCCUCUCCACUACUCAAGCGUUUGGGGCGGCCGCGGCGGGAUUCACAAGGUACCGCACCAUUCUCUUGUUUAUUCUUGCAUCACACCCCUUGAUGGCACAGCUACUCUCACUCUGUGUUCUCAGGAGCUGUGAGCCCACUCAGGGGGGUACCCUUGAUUUUGCCCAAGUAUGUGCCCCCCACCCACGCGCACCUUGUACGUGUAGUCAAGUCUAACAGUGAAGCGAUUUCUUUGUGGAGCAUCUGUUCGGGGCGAAGAACAUUCCAUACGGCCGCUGCGCCCAAUUAAUGUAGCAGUGGCCCUGGCCCUGAAUUUUUCCGGAAGUUUCGGCAAUUUCUUUGACCCGCCGAAGCGUUUCCGGUUGUUGUAACGAUGCUUCGGCUGCGGUCAAGCGUGACGCCCUGGAGCAUGUUGCCCAUCUUCGUAAUUUUUUUGCCUUUGCAAACGGCUUUUGUUAGUGCCGACUUGUGGGCCACCUCUAGAAGAACGUCUGUUUUUUUUUUUGUUUCAGGAGGAGGAGGAAAAACCGGAUGUAUUUGUGUUGAGAGGGAGAGACGUGGUACAGAUUGCCAUCGUUGUCACCGAUCUAACAAGAUCAACUUUCGUUUCCGCGCGUACGCGUGAUAAGAUCGAAGAGGAAGACUGAAUCACUGUAGUACUAAGCGCGUCGUUUCUUCUCCGUGAGGAGGGCCGUGUGGCGCAAGAAUGUGAAAAAACUUUUUAUCA